AUGUUCUCCAUUCGCAGUCUUCCCACAAUGAGAUACAGGGAACUGGCUUUAGAGGAUGGCAUUGAAGAUAUGACACAACUGGAGGAGCUACAUGAAGGGGCUGUUUUAAUAAACUUGAAGAGCAGGUUUGAACGUGACCUUAUUUACACAUACAUUGGGAGCAUUCUGGUGUCUAUGAACCCCUACAGGAUGCUGAAUAUAUAUGGGACUGAUAUGGUGCUGCAACAUAAAGGACACGCCUUGGGGGAGAAUCCUCCGCAUCUUUUUGCUAUUGCAAACGCUUCUUACACUAAAAUGAUGGAUGCCAAACAGAACCAGUGCAUUAUCAUAAGUGGGGAAAGUGGUUCGGGUAAGACCGAGGCCACCAAGCUGGUUCUCCGCUACUUAGCUGCAAUUCACCACAAACGCAACAUCGCACAACAGAUUCUUGAAGCCGCUCCCUUAUUGGAGUCAUUUGGAAAUGCCAAAACUGUGAGGAACGAUAACUCGAGCCGAUUUGGAAAGUUUGUGGAGAUCUUCAUGGAGGACGGCGUGAUCAGUGGUGCCAUAACCUCACAGUAUCUCCUUGAGAAGUCCAGGAUUGUGUUUCAGGCCAAAGAUGAACGAAACUAUCAUAUUUUUUACGAGAUGCUGGCGGGCAUACCAGCCCAGCUAAGACGAUCCUUCUAUCUCCAGGAAGCUGAAACAUACUACUACCUUAACCAGGGUGGGAACUGUGAGAUCCCUGGAAAGAGUGAUGCAGAGGAUUUCCGCCGACUAGCCAGCGCUAUGGAGAUCCUUCACUUCAGUGCCGAAGACCAGACGAGCAUCUUUAGAGUCCUGUCAUCCAUCCUGCACCUGGGAAAUGUCUUUUUCGAGAAACACGAGACGGACGCUCAGGAGGUGGCCACGGUGGUGAGCGCCCAGGAGAUCCGCGUGGUGGCCGAGAUCCUACACAUCUCUCCUGAGGCCCUGCAGAAAUCCAUCACCUUCAAAGUCACGGAAACGAUGCGAGAGAAAAUCUACACUCCCUUGACAGUUGAAAGUGCCGUUGAUGCCAGAGAUGCCAUUGCCAAGAUCUUGUACUCCCUUCUCUUCAACUGGCUGACUGACCACAUCAACAAGUUAGUUUACCCACGAAGUGAAGCUGUGUCUAUUGCCAUACUGGACAUUUAUGGAUUUGAGGACCUUACCUUCAACAGCUUUGAACAGCUUUGCAUAAAUUAUGCAAAUGAAUACCUUCAGUUCUUCUUCAACAGAAUAGUGUUCAGGGAAGAACAGGAGGAGUACACCAGAGAACAAAUCGAGUGGGAAGAAUUGUCUUUCAGCACCAAUCAGGACUGCAUCGACAUCAUAUCUGCAAAGCCCCAUGGGAUUCUUAGAAUCCUUGAUGAUCAAAGUGGUUUUCCUCAGGCAACUGAUCACACAUUUCUUCAGAAAUGCCACUAUCACCAUGGAGACAAUCCCUUGUAUAUCAAGCCAAAAAUGCCACUUCCCGAGUUCACCAUCAAACACUAUGCAGGAAGAGUCACUUAUCAGGCUCACAAGUUCCUGGACAAAAACUUUGAUCAGGUGCGACAGGAAGUUCUUGACCUGUUCAUGCAAAGUAAAAAUAAGAUGGUGGCUAGUCUCUUUACGAGCUAUGCCGAAGCCCUCAGUCAACAGAAGACAAAUGGCAGAAAAAGCAGCACUGUGACUCGACGCUACCAACCCUCCACGGUGGCCGCCAAGUUUCAGACCUCUCUCAUGGAUCUCAUAGAGAAAAUUGAAAAAUGUAACCCCUUUUUUGUCCGUUGUAUCAAGCCAAAUCAAAUGAAGGAGCCUGGUAUAUUUGAUGUUGAGCUGGUCAGCACACAGCUCCAGUACUCUGGAAUCUUGGAGACCAUCCGCAUCAGGAAGGAGGGCUACCCAAUCAGACUGACAUUUGAUGUCUUCCUCUUCAGGUACAAAUCCCUCCUGGCCAUGAAGCAGACGCCCCCCAGCAGUGGUGAGAACUGUGCUAUGAUGCUGAGGAAGUUGUGUCCCGUCAGACCAGGGGCCUUCCAGAUAGGAGUCACCAAGAUUUUCCUGAAGGAGGAAGUGUACCAGUUUCUGGAGAGCAAGCGGGAUCGUGUUCGCCACGUCGCCGCUCUCACGUUGCAACGCCACAUGCGCAUGUUCUUCAUCCGCCAACGCUACAAUGAGUUCCGCAUGAAGAUCGUCAAGCUGCAAGCCCACUGCAGAGGAUACCUGGCAAGAAAGCGUUACGUGAAUAUGAGGAUUAGUUUCAUCAGGUUUCGCUCCAUUAUUCACAUGUACGUCAACCGGAAGAGGUACAUCAAGAUGAAUCUCGAUGCCAGGAGGAGAGCAGAGAGAGAGAGGAUCAGACGUGAAGUGGAGCUGGCCAGGAGGGAGGUUAUAAACGUCACACAUCUGCCCAUCCCAGCAGAACUGGCAGCACUCCUCAACUCCACAGCAGGAGGGCGGGAGCUGCACUCUGACUGCCUGGCCCUGGUGGAGGCUCCCACAGUGCAGGUGGACUCCCAGCUCAUGCUGCCCCUGGACAUCAACAACUACAACAUGACCAAAUGUGUGCAGUUUUAUUUCAAGGCACCCAAGUUUGGCAUGGUGUUCGCACCUCUGGAUUCGCCACUCACACAUGUGGAUGAAGACCAUAGGUAUCUGGCUGUGAAUGUCUUCAUCAUGAUUCUGAGGUUCAUGGGCGACCCCCACUUGAACGGAGCCCAGGAGAACCUGUUUGGGAACUACAUCAUCCAGAAGGGCCUCACCUAUCCCGGCAUACGGGAUGAAAUCUUGUGUCAAAUUGCCAACCAGGUGUGGAGGAACAACAAUCUCCACAAUGCCGAGAGGGGCUGGCUGCUGCUGCUGGCCUGCCUGAGCGCCUUCGCCCCUUCUGCCAGACUCGAGAAAUACAUACUCAAGUUUGUGUCAGACUACGGUGUGGAGGGGUUCAAUGCCAUUUGCCAACACAGGCUCUUACAAGCCAUGCAGAAGUCCGUCCUGGGGCCCGAGUUGGCCAGGACCUAUCCUCUUUCCUUGCUCGAGUGGACGGCCAAUAGGAAGAAAGCCAACAUGGUGCUGCAGGUCCACUGCUUUGACGGUACAUCCUUCCUGUGUCCUGUUCACUCCUGGACAAGUGGGGAAGAUCUGGCAGGAGACAUCCUUCAGCACAGGGGCAUCUCGGACAGCUGGCGGGGCAGCUCUGUCUUCAUGAAGGAGCACGGCCAGUGGGCGGAGCUGGCGGGUCACGACUACGUGAUGGACCUGAUUGCAGACCUGGAGCUCAUCCGAGAUUUCCCCAAGCAGAAGUCCUACUUCAUCAUCUCCGCCGACAGCCCCGCACGCACCAGAGCCAACGCCAACCUCACCCUGUUUGGAAGCGGUUUCGAUUCAGAUGAUGACCACUCUCUUGGAGUGACUGGGCACCACGCAAUGCCCAGCAUCCCAGACUCCGAUGGAUACUUCAGUCACGUAGAAUCGGAUACGUUCAGUGAGCCUCCCACACAGCGAGGCAUGGACCGCUACCUUGACAGCCUCUUCGAUCCAGUGCUCGAGGAUGUAAGUGGAGACAUGGAGAGGGCGGCCAGUAUGUCCAGCCGGAUGAUGGGAGCAGGAGGCCUCGCGGCUGGGGAAGGGGAAGGAGAGAAGCCCCCAUCAGGCAGACCCCCUCCAGCACCUGGAGCGGUGCCAGUCCUGCCCAUGGAGGGGGGAAUGAUGCCCCCCAUUCCCGCGCCAGCCUCCCAAUCUCCCCCUCUCGCUGCCGACCCUGCCCCUGCCCUUGUGCCCGAUCUUACCCCUGCCCCUGCUCCUGCUCCUACUCCUGCCCCCGCUCCUGCCCCUACGCCUGCUCCCGCUCCCCCUGCAGUGCCAGCAGAACGCGCAAUGCCAGCUAUCGCCCCCAUGCCAGCUAUGCCUAACGUGCCAGACAUACCUAAUGUGCCAGGGGUAGACCCCUCAGUCAUGUCCCCGCAGCAGCAAGCGAUCAUCAACCAACAGGCGAUCAUAUUGGCCCAGCAGAUGACGAUGCAGGCCAUGGCUCUGCACCAUCAGAUGUACAACUCUAUGGGGGGUCACAGUACUCCAGUCCCCCCAAUGACCCCACAGCACCUGAGCCCACAACAUCCAGCAGCUCAUCACACACCUACUAAGCCAGAGAUGGAAUUUAAUCCGUACAGACAGGCCCCUGUGUCGUCGCACAGAUCUCCACAAUGGAAUGCUACUACUGGCUCAGCUCCGUGUCCGCCCCCAGGCCCAGAGAAUGUGGUUCGCAGCUCAGUGUCCAACUCCGAGUACUGGGAGCCCAGUCACAACAUCAAGGACAUUAUCAAGCAGUACCAGCACCCGCCUACACCCAAACCAUCACCCAUCCCCAGAAGAGAAGGUAAAGUGUUUGUGAGGAGGCCAGAUCCUCACGAUGAAGCCAUGCUGAUCCUGAAAGACCAGAUGAGUGCUCCACCUGCCCCGAGAAAGAAGGUGUAUGGCCCCCCACCCCCUGGACCAGCGCCAGGCUCGCGAUACGAUGAGAACCGAGUGCCCAAGACCAUCAGGAGGUCCCAGCCCCCCGUGCCAGCCGUCAGCCACAGGCUCCCGCUGCCCGAGCCAGUGUCCAGAGAUCUCCCGGUGGAGACGGAGAUGAUCAAGACCAAGCUGCACAAGAGGAGCAGCGAGGAGCACUACACCUACACCAAUGUGCCCUGGAAGAUCUACCUCAGGAAGGAGGUUUUUUACCCCAAAGACAGCUUUAAUCACCCCUUGGUGCUGGAUCUUCUUUUCAAACAGGUCGUCCAUGACACCUUCUCCGAGGCUUGCAUUCGCAUCACUAAAGAGGAGAGACAGACCAUGAAAUCCCUCUUUGAGGAGAACAACGUCACUAUAGGCUCGACUUCUUCAGACGACAACGUGAAGAAGAAGGUGGUGACAGCAGCCAGAGACACGUGGGAUAUCUAUUUCUCAAGGCUCUUUCCUGCCUCUGGCAGCGUGGGCACGGGGGUGCAGGUGUUGUCCGUGUCCCAUAAGGGCAUCAAGCUUCUGAAGAUGGUGCGGAGCAGUGCAGCGGGGCCAGACUACUUCAGGGUCCUGAGGCCUUACAGUUACGGCGACAUCUUGUUUGUGACCGUCCCAUCGAGGAACAUGCUGGAGUUCAACCUGACCAAUGAGAAGCUCAUCCUCUUCUCUGCCAAAGCCCCGCAGGUCAAGACCAUGAUCGACCACUUCAUCACCGAACUCAAGAAGGACUCCCAGUACGUGGUGGCGGUGGUGAGUUACAGUAAAGAGGACCGGGCCCAGCUCAGCUUCCACAAGGGAGACAUCAUACGCCUGCAGAAAAUGGAUGGCCUGGAAGAAGGCCAGUUCUACGGCUGCAUAGUGAGGAAGAAGGUGAUGCUCCUGGAGGAGUUGAAGAGAGACACCACCGACUUUGGCUGGAAGUUUGGUGCGGUGCACGGGCGUGGAGGCUUGUUCCCUGCGGAGAUGGUGCAGCCGGUGGCGGCCCCGGACUUCAUCAACCUGCCGGCGGAGCGUAAGGAGGAGCCGCGUAACCAGCAGGGCCGCGUGGCCGCCUCCGCCGCUGUGGCUGUGGCCGUGGGCUCCUCCGCCGCCGCCCACGAGCUGGACAAGACCAUAGAGGUGGCAACACCAGCUGAUAACAUCGAGGCCUACCCUGACUACAGUGGCAUGGACCUGGAUGAGGAUACACUGCUGGAUAACAAAUACAACAUGAUGGAGUUUGCCAAGAAAUACUUCAGAGAGGCCCAGAGAACCAACAGUGAGUCCUUCAAACAGAGGGUGAAAAAAGGGAAGGAACCACGGGAGCCAGCUGAGAUGGUGAAAUUCUCCAAGUCCCCAAUCCAGGAGUCUCUAAUCGACUUUACAGAUGAAACUAUGAAUAAAGUGGCGGUAGAAAUUUUCCUGGCCAUCCUGAGGUUCAUGGGGGACCUCCCAUCCAAGGGCCAGACGGAGCAGGAGAUAGUCAGUGUAAUGCUGAAGCUGACUGGUGAGUUUGGCUUGAUGAGGGAUGAAGCUUACUGCCAGGUCUUGAAGCAGAUCACAGGAAACACCAGCUCCAAGACAGACAGCUGCCAGAAGGGCUGGAGGCUGCUGUACAUCCUGACGGCGUACUACCGCUGCUCGGAGGUGCUGAAGCCCUACCUACUCAAGUACCUGAGGGAUGUGUGUUCCAACCAGGGCAUCCACUACCAAGGCAUUGCCAGUGCCUGUGAGCAAAAUCUAAUCAAGACUUUCCAGUAUGGUGGACGCAUUGAGCCACCCAACAGCAUGGAGCUGAAGGCCAUGCUGGCUGGGAGGAGUUCCAAGCGGCAGGUGUUCCUGUUACCUGGUGGCAUCGAGAGACACCUGAAGAUCAAGACGUGCUCAGUUUCUUUGGAUGCCAUUGAGGAGCUUUGCUAUGAGAUGGGCGUGACCAAAAUGGAGGCCAUGGAUGAAUACGCCAUAUUCGUAGUCAUCAACAGAGGUCAUCAUGUGCGGCCGUUGUACAAGCGUGAAUACAUCCUGGACAUCACGACGGAGGCUGAGCCAAUAGACAGCGGAUACAGCCUGUGCUUCCGCAGGGUGAUCUGGACCCAGCCCCUCAAGUUCGACAACGAGCUCAGUGUCUCCACCCACUAUAAUCAGAUAAUGCCAGACUACCUGAAAGGCCUGCUCAACGUCAUACCGCAGGGGAAGCUGAGCGAUCAGCAGCUCCAGAACGUGGCUAAGCUGGCGGCUCUGCAACACCGAGCCAAGGAGUCAGCCUACCUCCCCACUGCGCAUGAGGUGCAGGAGUAUAUCCCCCAGCAGCUGUACCUGGAGCAGCGGCCCCCCCACUGGGUCACCCUCAUCAACGAGCACAUGCAGCAGGUGCAGCCCCUCAGCCCCCACCAGGCCCGCGCACAGUUCCUUGGUCUUGUGAGUGCGUUCCCGAUGUUUGGCUCGUCCUUCUUCUAUGUGCAGAGCAGCAGCAGCAGCAGCAUAGACACACCCUGCAUACUCGCCGUCAAUCACAACGGACUCAACUUCCUCAACAAGGACACGCAUGAGGUGCUGGUGAAGUUCUCCCUGAAGGAGGUGCAGUCGACCCGGACGCAGCGGCCCACGCCUGGCUCCAGUUACCCCUACGUGGAGAUCAGGCUGGGGGACCUGCUCUCUCAGAGGACCACUCAACUGCAGCUGGACCAGAGUCUGGAGCUGUGUCGCGUCAUUGCCAUGCACAUGGAAAACCUGAUCUCCGUGAGGGAGAAGCGUCUCACUCUGCCCCCCAGCGAGAUCACCCUCCUGUAACGCAUCGCACACACCCCUUACAGCUACCGUCCUGUGAUUGCAGCACCUUCUAAUCGACAGCCAUGGCAUACAGUACCAUGGCAUCUGACCAUGGAAGAAAGUGCCCCUCUCUACGCUGCACUGCACCUGUAUGAGCCCAGGCCUGUUCAGAUGUUUCACCACCUGACCAUCU